AUGUCGUCGACACAUCAAAGCAAGAGUCGAGACCAGAUCCAGACCUGGCUUGAAGGUUUCCAUCGUGGAAGCGCCGAGCUGGACGCAGAAAAGUGGUGCAGCACGUUCAUGACCGACGACAUCGAACUCCAAUACGCCAACAACCCGGUCCUCAAGGGCGCCGAAGUGAGAGCUAUGUUCGCCUCGGUCUUCAGGCAGCUUUCCCUGAUGAAGCACAAGGUGGUCUACUUUGACUUUGUGCCGCCGAGAAUCUACCAGGCUGCACGGAUUCGAUACCGCGUCGUGGGAGAUCCGGCCGACGGGAGCCAGGACAUUGAGAUCCCGGGGUUUGCCACUUUCUUUGUCCGCGAAGGAGAGGAUGGGGAGCUCAAGUGCUAUCGGGCAGAGACUUUCUUGGACCCGUCGCAGGUUUUUGCGAGGAUUGCGCAGAAGACGGCGGGAGACAGGCCAUAG